AAUUGACGUCACGUCACGAGCAUCCUGCGCACUCGGUGCGAAUGAUGUCACGUCGCCCCCGCAUCACCGGGACCCCGCGCGGAGUGUGUGACGUCACGUUAACCGCACCACCCAACGCGAUUUUUUUUGACGUCAUCGCUGCGAGGUCCGACGCCGCGGGAACAGAGGUGACGAGCAAGGGAAAAUGAUUGAAGAAGAAGGAGAGGAAGUGAAGAGGAUCUGCUGCCCCGUCUGCAACUGGGUGGUGGUCAGCCUGCCCGCCCUGGAGGACCACAUGAAGAGGCACGCGGGCCGCACCGAGCCCGUCGUGUACCGGUGCCCCCACUGCCCGUACAGCACGGACAAUCUCAACGUCCUGAUCGGCCACCAGGCGACGCACGACGCGGGGGAGUCCCGCAAGUGCGCCGAGUGCGGCAAGGUGUUCGUCGACGCGGAGGUCUUCCGCGAGCACCGGGCGAUGCACGACGAGGAGAAGCCGCACAAGUGCGCCGCGUGCGGAGAGGCGUUCGCCCAGCCGGAGAGCCUUCUCGCGCACCAGAGGUGUCACGCGCGGGAGGCCCACUACCAGUGCACCGAUUGCGGGAUGGAGUUCACCCGUUCGGAUUGCCUCCGCAGCCACCAGAGGACCCACACGGGGGAGAAGCCCUACCGGUGCGACGAGUGCGGCGUGACGUUCGCGUGGUCGGCGAGCCUCCUGUCGCACAAGAGGAUCCACACGGGGGAGAAGCUCUACCACUGCACCGUCUGCGGCAUGGAGUUUUCCCGCUCGGACUACCUGCGCAGCCACCAGCGGACGCACACGGGCGAGAAGCCGUACAAGUGCGCCGAGUGCGGCGACGCGUUCUCGCAGUCGGGCGCCCUCCUCGCGCACAAGAGGAUCCACACGGGCGAGAAGCCGUACGCGUGCACCGAGUGCGGCAAGGCGUUCGCGCGCUCGGGAGCCCUCCUCACGCACACGAGGACCCACAUGGAGGAGAAGCCGUACAAGUGCACCGUGUGCGAAAAGUCGUUCACCCGCUCGCAGUACCUUCGGAACCACCAGAGGACGCACACGGGCGAGAGGCCGUACGUGUGCUCCGUGUGCGGCAAGGAUUUCAAAGAGCCGGUGACCCUGCGCAAGCACCACAGGAUCCACACGGGCGAGAAGCCGUACGCGUGCGCCGUGUGCGGGGACGCGUUCGCAUGGGCGGGAGCCCUCCGCACGCACAAGAUGGUGCACACGGGCGAGAAGCCCUACGUGUGCGCCGUGUGCGGCAAGGCGUUCCAGCGGUCGGGAGCCCUCAAUACGCACAGGAGGAGCCACGCGAAGGACAAGCCAUGAAAGUGAAGCACGCGUGUGGACGUACGCCCAGGUCACGGUGCUUGUCAAGUACCCGAUGGGAUCCAGACGGGGUUCCGUUACGCUGAAACGGAAAUCUUACUUGCAAAAUUGAACCCAAUAAAACGUGCGCUCUUCUGAAUGCGGGGACGCGUUCUCAACUCGCGUUCACCCGCCAAGAUAUAUGUUAAUCGCGGAUUACAAAAACAUUUUUUUUGCCAGAGAGGGUGAACUGAAGAAGAAGGCAAUUUGAGGACAAGAGUGAAAAAGCCGAGGGGAAUACUGAGAUGUCAAAAAGAGAGACAUCUCGGGGGGUGAAGAGGAGGAUGAGCAAAAGAUGAACCGCAGACCUCCGUACAAAGAGCACGGUCGGCGAUGAGAGCGCUCCACGCUCACUGAAGCCGUAGCAGGUGUGGGUGAGCCGGGUGCCAGGGUGGCGAGAUUUUAACUACCUCGCCUGGUGUACAGGAGGUCGUGGGUUCGAUCCCAACCCUAACGCCUGCUGUAUAUUUGGAGUUUGCGUGUUUUCCCCGUGGUUCCGUGGAUUUCCCCCCCCCCCCCCCCCAUUGAGAACGACACGUUUAGGAGUCUUUGGCUGCCGCUGUAAAUUUACACCUGAUGAGCCACUUCGUUGGGCUGUCAUUUGUGGUCAGGUCGCUUCUAAAAGACAGCGGUACAGCUCAGUGGGCCUUACCUGGUAAAAUAAAAAAAAACUUUUAGUUUUUUUGUUGAAUGGAUGUUAGGCAAACCAGGCGUGAGGUCGCUCCUUGAACAGGAUGGGGAGAAUUGACCCGACGGUCGAGGCCAGACCCCGGGGCCGUGCCGCUUGGUACUCUGUGGGGUUGAGUUUUGCUGGUCCCGGAACUUCAUUCCUCGCCCCAUGCAGGGCCAUCCCCCAUUAUUCACAGCUCCCCAUCUUCAUCAGCGCAUCAUCACACGGCACUUUCAGAUGCGCUUCUGCGGCCGUCUGGAACGUUUCUUCCUUCUGAUAUUAGGAAGCCACUGGAGCUAUGUACUUUAAAUCAUCUCGAUUGGAGCACUAAUUUCUUUAGAACUGCUUUUUGUCUUUAGUUUGUUGCCCUUCCCUCGCACGGUCGGCUACGCACGGUACGAAAGAAGUUCAACAUACAGGACAUACCUCAUCAUCAUCAUCGUGAAAUAUCGCCCUUCCUUUUAACCUCAACUCACACGGUUAACCAGUUCCGUGACGUCCUGUAAGGUGUAAAGCAUGCGCCGAUACUUGGCGCUGGCAUCGCGACCUAUGUGACCGCGGAUUGCAACGCAGAUCUCUACCGUCGCAGGAUGCCCAUGAAAAAUAGAGCCUGGCAGCUUAUUUGGCUCUCGCUGCUGAAAUAAAUCAAAUCCAUCGAUCGCUCCGGUGGUUUCCUACAGCGUUGGAAUACGUUGGCCACGUAAAGACCCAGAUUGUUCGGACGUUAGAACAAGGAGAUGUCUACAUGGUCAUUCACAACGAAGGAGGAGGCGGGAUCCACUGAUUUAGAUUCCGGCCACAGAAGCACCCGUCGUCGGAAUUGAAAAAAAACUGCCUGCAGUCAUCAAAGCACCAAAACGAUGAGACGGCACAACGUAGGAUCAAAAUCAUCAUCAUCAUCAUUCACUUUAAAAAAAACCCUAGGCCAAGGUUAUGGUUAAGAUUAUGGCCCAGUGGCCAACACAGCCUGCUGUAUGUGUCUGUGUGGGGAGCGGUGGCGCAACGGUGAGCCCUACGCUGCGCUGCGUAGCCCGGCGACCCAAAUUUGAUUCCUGCUCACGGCCAGCAGCAAUGACGAUGAUCUGAAACGGUCCUGGGACUUCCCCUAGGUCGACGACUCGGCCUCAAAAAAACAUUGGCACCCACCCCCUUGUGUGCCGUGCCAGGCCUUCAUAGGUGCUCGCUAACAGCACUUGCCCCAACAGUCUGUUAAGGCUAUAUUGGGGAUCUUUGUGUAGCAAGUAAGUAAUCCUGCGCAUUUUUUAUCGUGCACUCUUACGAGUCCAGUCCGUCAUGAACGUGCACUAAUUGGACGUAGGAACGACGCCGUUUUAAGUCUCUUGCAAAAACGUACUCCGGCUCAGGGAUGGAUCUUGAACGUGAGCUGGUAACCCGUCCGGGGUCUCGGGGCCGGAGAUCCCGAAACUGCGCUGGUCGCAUCGGUGCACCACGAGGUUCACGAGCGGCGGGUACAGUGGAUCGCCGUGGGCUGCGGAUCCUGGACGGCAUCCAUUUUGGUCUGUUGAGACCCUCACUGUGCCGAUCGCCAAGAGAAGGACGGAGCGGAUUUACACAAGCUCUUGUAGACGGGCGGGCACAGUUCGUACGCGGUCCUAUGUUAUACAGGUAGGCAGUGUAGCUCUUUGUCCCAUCGAAGUCGUAAUCGAAUCAUAUGUUCCGCUUCCGAACUAUCACACGAGCUGACCUGAGCAGACAGAGGUGCGCUUGUGCUUGGCACAUCCGAAGAUUCCGUUGUGGUCGUCCGCGCGACCGACGACAAAACGCGUGGAUGAGCAUGCCGGCUGCCUCGCUGGUCGGCGCACAUAACAGGCGGCGGUGCAGUUGACGAAACCGACAGAAGCACCGUCCGGCGAAGCGCCUGAUGUGAGCGGCUGUUUGUCAACUCGCUGUCGACAAGAAUGCCGAGGCACUGUUGCCUUGUCCGGCACUGGAAUGUCCCGGUGAUUUUACGUGGAUGGUCUUACAAUUUACUCUUCUUGCGAGCUGACGGCGGGUCCCGAGUGUGAUGAAUUCGUUUUUUGUUCCCGUUCAACUUCGGACGGUUUGACGUCAGCACACGAUAUGAAGCGCGUAACGUGAGAGACACGCAAAUUGAUUUCUGAGUGGAAGGAGAACUGUACAUCAUCGGCACAUGGAAUGCAUGCCGAUAUGACGAUGGGCGAUGCCGUUGACGGUCACCGGUGUAGAGUUUAAAGAACACCGGGCCAAGUACCCUGCAUGUCACUGGUGACCUUCUCGACUGGUUGCCAGCAAUUCCUCGAAGACUUAUCAUCUAAGAUGCUGCGAUCGACCGUCUCGAACGCAGGAGGCGGAGCAGCGUGACUUCGCCACGGUCAGCUGCCAUAAACGCAUCGCGCCGACUGCAGGCUUGGGAUGAGGCGGCUUUGUUCAAGAAAAGCCACGCGCCGACGACGCACCUCCGCCAGUCGUCUUCGACUUGAGUGUCUGUUCCCAGGAGAUUCGCCACAGAGCUGCACUGCGUACUCGGCUGAGCAGAGCGCUCCGGGAUUCUGCGGCUCCUUUGCGAUGGACUCAGUGCCCAUUCCAUACUUUUGAUGAACAUGCAAACAAACACGCUCUGAUAAUGUUUGUUUUUCACCGCAAGCCCUGUGCGCGGUUAAUGUAGUACUUGAUUCCUCGCAAAAGGUAUCUAUUUGGUGUUUGAACAUCUUAACACACCUCCCAUUUUAUUGCCCGAAAGGGGAAAACCUCUUCUUAUUUUUUCAUACUUUGAUACUGGCAAAAAAGGUCCCAUGAUAUGGUGCCCAUUCGGCUUCAUGCUGCAGCCCACACCUGCCUGUCCUGAAGAAAAGUCGGUCCAACGGAGCCGUCGCUCGAGCAUCGACGAAGUCGGCGGCACUGAACGUCGUGCCAGGCCGUGAGUCGCUGGGCAUCGGGCGGAAAUUUUACUCACGAGUGCAAAUUAAUCGGCCAGGUACUGGAGAGUCCUCUGGUACAGAUGGAAAAAAAAACCCGUUUGCGCUAUCUGGCUCAUGAGCACCGAAGAACUUGGGUUUUGAUGCUUGCAGCCAGGAAUUCUUCCUUAUCUCAGAAUCAGAAUCUUAAUUUCGACUGGGGGAAUUUGAUGAGCUUAUGAAGCUCUUUUUCACACAUGUCCAGUAGGGGCGGGAUAGAAAGUUACAGCAAUAAACACAAAACAAAAAUACGAUAGGAGUGCAAAGUAUAUGAAAGGCAAGCAAGUAAAAAAAGACACGCAUUUCUGGCCGAAUUGCAAAAGUAUAUCAAUUCUUCAAGAAUAAAUAAUGCAAGCUUGGGCAGGGCAGCAAAACAACAACAGCAGUCCCGGACCAGAGCAAUACAACACACGGUAGUCCCUCAAUGAAAUGUGCACAUACAAUUUGAACUAUCGAUACUACACGUAAGGAUAUCGAGCCCUCCUUAGCUGCUAACCCUGUCGCUGCAUCGGAGUUAGCGGUUGGUGAGGAAAUGAAAGGUGCCAGCGAAAUACACUGUGGUCCGAGAUAAUAUUUGGUGGCUCAACAUUUUCUCCAGAGUCUGCUCCAACUUUCUAAUAAUAUUGGUAGGAGGCUGCUAGACUUCUGUGCAGCCCUUGUCGUGUAAUCGCCAAAAAAUACCAUGCUGUCAUCGGCAUAUCCACACAACAUUGCAAUGUAGUCGAGCCGAUGCACGCUGGGUCCAAGAAAAGAACAUCUGCUGGACUAUAUAGUGAUGGAACAGCGGAUGCGGGCCCAUGUCCUUGACACCAGGAACUACCAUAGAGCUGAUCUGCCCACUGACAAUCGGUUUGUGAUGUAAGAUCCGCCUGCCAUUCUUCCACUGCAGUGGUAGGUGGCCAUCUAGAACCCCUUUCAAACCCACAGUGGCCUGGUCUCGGCUAGCUGAUGGUAUUUGCAAGUAGCAAUUCCAUGCAAUCCAGACCUCACCAGAGACCUUGGCUGAGGUGCUCCAGCUGGCUAAGAGAAAGUGACAGGGUCUUUCCUACCAUCUACAACAUCUCACGUCGGAGAUGAGGAGGCUUACCGCAGUCUUUGCUUGUAGGUUCGAAGAGCCGUGCAGCACUGCAAGGAUGAGUGGUGGUUUUCAGUUUCAUUUAUUAGGUAUAACCCUGUGAGCCAUGCGGCUCUUGACUCGGGUGCAACCGCAACAAACAAAAACAGGUUGCUGAGGAGAAAGAAUCUGCCUCGGUAGCCCGCGAUCACAACUCACUCUUUAAUUCAACCAAAAAAGGUACUUGCAGCGCCACACCUGUCAUCAUGCUUAAGGGGAAGAGCGGUGAUCUGAUCUCCAACCCCCAGGAACAGGUCUGCAAGUUUGCAGAUAAUUUCUGAGGUCUCGGGGGGAGGGGAAAUCCCUCGGCCUAGACAUGACGGGGCAAGGUGGUGACGACCCUACUGGGGGCUGCGGUGCCUCAAAUAUUGGCAGGUCCCGUGACUGGCUGGCGUAGGUGCCAUCUGUUGGGGAAAGUACGAGGGGCUAUCCAGAGUCUGAGAUUAAUAGUAUUGAUAGCAUAACUAAUCUCUUAAUCGUUAAUAUUAUCAACAAUUUUGCCUUAGCCACAGACCGGCUGAAGCACAUUGAGCGAUGUCGCCAUGGUGUUCAUGUUGCACAAGUAAUUAACGGAGGCCAUGUUGCAUGGGAGUUGUCUUCCUGGCAGCCGAUUGACUGCUGCAGAUAAGGAUUGAUGAUGUCAUCCCUGGUAGCCACUGCCUCAUCUGUAAGUGUGCAAUCUGACUAGGGCUCGUGCAUAUCGAAUAAUAAAUAUGGUUAUGCUUGUGAAAUUUUGGAGCCUACUAUGAUCGCGAUAAAGUCAGAAUUUCAUGAGCGAUUCCUGUACCCAGUGCCCAUGGUCCCAGAACUGCCUCCUGGCUCUUGCCUGGCCAUCGUUCUACACUCUGGAGAAGAAUCUCCUAGGCCCUAUCCCGGUUCCAUCUGUGGC